AACUAAACUUUGUUAAGAAAAGAAUAGUAAUGAUAUAAGAAAGUUAUAGUAUCAUAUGGGUUAAAUUAUCUCAAAAAAAAGACAAAAAUAAUAAAUAAAUGAAACGCCGUCUGUGGGAAUCGAACCCACGACCACAUGGUUAAAAGCCAUGCGCUCUACCAGCUGAGCUAAGACGGCAAUGAAUUUUUCAAUUAAAAUUUCACUAUCUAACACAGUUCCUUAUCGAGCCAUUGGGCCUAGUUUUAAUCAGCCAUUUGGCACUAAAUAAAGGCCCAGCCCAAUCAUUUAAAGAAGCCCAAACCCAUUCAUGGACUGCUUCUUCUUUCUUUGUUCAUUUUGGUCGAGUGAGUGAGCCGAGCGAGUUGAACUCAGCCACCAUGGCUGUCCAGACAAAGCUUCCACACAGCUUCAUUCCCACUCGAACCUUCAUCAACGCCAGAGUCAAAUGGGUACGAGACCCAUACCUAGAUUUCGCAGUAGAAAGAGAAAAGAAUCUCAAACAAGCAAUAUCAUUCAAGGAUCAAAUCAUCUCAGACCCAUCAAAAUCACUCCCUCUCUCACUAGCUUCACUUCUCAAACCUCGUCUCGAUCUCAAUAUCACUUCAUCCAAAUUCUUCAACAAAUACCCAUCUUUCUUCUCCAUCUUCCAACCAAGUCCAGGUCUUCCUCCACGUGUCAAACUCACAAGACAAGCUCUCUCAAUCCACACUGAAGAGUUCUCCAUUCACACCUCCCAAACUCAUCGAUACGACGCCGUACAACGUCUCACAAGGCUUCUCAUGCUCACCAAAUCAUCAAGAUUACCCAUUUACGUGAUCGAGAAGCUAAAAUGGGAUAUGGGUCUUCCUCACAAUUUCAUAUCUUCGCUUGUAAUCAAUUUUCCCGAUUACUUUCAGGUUUGCGAAAUUGAAAACCCUAAUGGUGGUAAAGAUCUCGCCUUGGAGUUAAUUUCAUGGAGAAAAGAGCUUGCUUUAUCUGAAUUAGAGAAAAGAGCAUUAAACGAAGGUAAAUCAACUAAGCACAUUGGGUUUCCAAUGUUUUUCCCAAAAGGGUUUGAUUUGGUUAAGAAGAUUAAUGAUUGGGUCGAAAAAUGGCAGCUUUUGCCUUACAUUUCUCCUUACGAAAAUGGGUUUCAUCUAUCUCCUAACAGUGAUCAAGCUGAGAAAUGGACUGUUGCUGUUCUCCAUGAAUUGUUAUGGCUUAUGGUUUCGAAAAAGACUGAUAGAGAUAACUUGUUUUGGUUAGGAGAGUAUUUGGGAUUUGGGUCUUUGAUGAUUAAGAAAGCUCUGGUUCAUCACCCUGGUAUUUUUUACCUUUCGAAUAAGAUUAGAACACAGACUGUGGUUCUUAGAGAGUGUUAUAGAAAGGAUUUCUUGCUUGAAAAACACCCUUUAAUGGGGAUUAGAUAUCGUUACAUACAUCUCUUGAAUAAGGUUCCUAAUCCUAAGAUUAUGCAUAAACCGGCUAUUGCUUUGGACUCAACAAGACACUGAAUUUGAACGUAUUUAGGUUGACUUGCUAACUCGGUGUGCCAGCAAGUGCCGCACGUUCCGCCUAUUUGGGAGUGUCCAAAUAAUCGGCCCGUGAGACUCAGCUAUGUGAACUUCUAUCCACCAAGUUUCCAUUCCAGGCCAAACUACUGACCUGGUUAAGCCUUUAGAACUUCUACAAACAUGAGGUAUCAUAUUCUCCAUCUUAACUUCUUAUGGGAUAAGGUAUUUUGAGAAGCCAAAAUUGGGCUGCCAAAAGUCUUUGUCAGCAUUAUCAACCACAUUUACUAUCUUCAAAAUUGGAUUAUACAAAAACUUCCCUAAAUUGAAAUAUAGCUUGGUCACUUUCUUAAACCACCAAAGUUAGUUGGCAACAUGCUUUCCAUCAACAUUUUUCCACUAUAGUUUUUGGUCAUUUUCUGUAUAGACUUGAACACUAUCAUAUGCUUGCAAAGCUUUAAAUCCCAUGUUCAAAUUAUGCUCCUACAUCAUCAAUGAGAUUUAUACUCUAAAACAAUGAAUUGAAACUAUAGUUGUGAUCUCAAUUGUAGCAGGGGAAGAGGUGUCAAGAUGGUCUGAAGCAUCAUCAGAAGUGCUCCCAAAUUCCCAACUUGAAGAGUUAUCUACCUGUCAGAUUAGGCAUGCCAUGACUCAUGAUUAGAAACAUUAGGCUUGUUAUGACUCAUGAUUAGAAACAUUAGGCAUGUCAGAUUAGGCUUGCCAUUAUACAAGUUUUUCGAAUAAUGUAUGUAUGCAUGCACAUUUCCUUAAAACCACAGAGAGUUUAAUGUUUCUGCUGCUGUUUUCUUUCAUGCUCAUCAUAGAUAUAGCUGUUUAAGUCUUCUAGUAUACAAGCUAGUUUGAAUUAGAUGUAGUCUAUUAUGUCUGUUGGAUUACAAUGCUCUCUUCUUAUCUUGUUUCGUGUGGAUUAAAGUUAAAAGCAUAAAACUUUGCAUUUUAUUGUGUGAAGAAUUUUAUUGACUUUGGGAGCUGUUUCAUUGCAGCAUCAUUUAGAUAAUCAAUCCUUAUGGUUAUGGCACAGAGAAGAUGUUUUCUUUGAAACGGGUGCAAUCAUCCCAGCACUAAUACACCAGAUACCAUCAGAACGCCGCAAUAAAGCGUGCUUGGAGAAGAGUAGUACUAGGAUGAUCUCGUUAGAUGGUUUUAUAUGGCAUGAUUUGAAAUCUAUUCACCGCGCGGGAUUAAUGCGAAAGCUAUUUGUAAUUGGUUCCAAGAAGUAAAAUUUGGUCUGCUUUUCAUAUGUUUAAUUUAGAAGCUUCUUUGGUCAACAUGAGCUACCUAAAUUUUCAUUCAAUCUUAAAUUAUUUAUUUAUUA